AUGGCGACGGCACAAGCGCAAGCGGCGACACGCACGCACCUCACGCUCAAAGGCUCCACCGCGCUCGUCCACGAGUUCUUCAACUACUCUGUCCAAUCCAUCCUCUACCAACGCGGCAUCUACCCCUCGGACGACUUCAAAACCGUGAAAAAGUACGGUCUGCAGAUGCUCACCACCACCGACGACGGCCUGAUCGAAUACCUCUCCACCGCCAUGUCCCAACUCCAAACCUGGCUCGAACGUGGCGACGUUACACGACUCGUCGUCGUGAUCGUCGAAAAGGACUCCGGCGAAACACGCGAACGAUGGCAAUUCGACGUAGACGUAAUCAACACCCCUCUCCCCGACGAAACCACCCCCACCACCGACAAACCAAAGAAAACAGAUGCUCAAGUAAGAGCCGAAAUCGCUGCCAUCAUUAAACAAAUCACCGCCUCCUGCACCUUCCUACCCGUCCUAGACGAACCCUGCGCUUUCCAAAUCUUGGCUUACACAAAUAAAGACGCAGAAGCCCCCGCGGAAUGGAUCGACUCGGACGCAAGACUCAUCGCCGAAGGUCAGGCAGAACAGGUUCGAUUGAGGAGUUUCUCAACACACGUUCACAGAGUCGAUGCAAUGGUCGCAUAUAGAAGAGAUGAAGAGGACGAGUAG